GAGAGCUGGUCCUGCGGUGCGCGCGUUGGAGAGAGAGAGAGAGAGAGAGAGAGAGAGAGAGGGAGAGGGAGAGAGGGAGAGAGGAGGGGGCAGGCGGAAAUAGAAGACUAAAGCGCACCGUGCGUGUGGGAUUGUAAACAAACGGGCAAAUGGCUGCUGUAGCUGCGCAGGUGAACGGCUCGUGUUGGUUAGUGCUGGAAUUGAGCUGCACCUGGCAGCCCCACGCGCAGGAGGUCGUGCUUCUACUUGCCGUGUAAGCGACUGUGGCGCAGCAGCGCAGCAGUGCUGGAGCCUGGCGCUUGUUUUGGACCCGAGAGAACUCGCUCGCCGGUGUUUUUUUAAGUUGUGGCUUGAGGUACUGAGGUGAGAAUGAUGGACAGAUGGACUGUGCUUCUGGUGCUCGUCUGUGGUGGUCCUCACUGGGUGCGUUCAGGCUGUGAAAAUCGAGUGUGUAAUCCUCGUAUGGGCAACCUGGCUGUGGGGAGGCAUCUGCGCACCAACACCCAAUGUGGCUCUGCCUCACCUGAGCACUUCUGUAACUACGACGAAGAUAGCUGUGUACAGCAGUGCGGGGUGUGUGACCCCAUGGUGGCCGAGCAGGCUCACCUGCCCAGCGCGAUGACAGACUCGCCCUUCAGACGCCCGCCCACCUGGUGGCAGUCUGCCCAAGGUGUUGUCACGGAGGUUCUGCAGCUGGACCUGGAGGUGGAGUUUUACUUCACUCACCUGAUUGUAAUCUUUCGCUCACCCCGGCCGGCUGCCAUGGUGCUGGAACGCUCCCGGGAUUUUGGCCAGACGUGGAGCACGCUACGCCUAUACGCACGAAACUGCAGCGAGCAGUUUGGGACGGAGGACGGCCGCAGGUGCACAGAGAAAUACUCAUCAGCACGACCAUGCAGUGGCGGAGAGGUAAUCUACCGCACUCUCUCCCCCUGGGACACAUUAGACCCAUAUGGCUUAGCUGCCCGUGCAGAGCUGGGUAUUACCAACUUUCGAAUGCGUCUUCUACAGCCACAGCAGUGCCCAUGCCAGCUGAAAGAGGGCAGUGCCAGCCUCCCCACUGCCCCCUACGCCAUCUACGACCUUAUCCUGAAGGGGGCCUGCUUGUGCCAUGGACAUUCUGACCAGUGCGUACCUGCCAGUGGCUACCAACUCACAAGCCAUCGUGGCCACCACGUGGUGCACGGCAAAUGUGUGUGUCGACAUCACACAGCAGGUGACCACUGCGAGAGAUGUAACCGUCUUUAUAACGACCGGCCCUGGAAACCAGCUAACAGCCUAACUGGGGAAUCUCACCAAUGUGCUAUGUGUAAGUGUAAUGGUCAUGCAGAGAGCUGUCACUUUGAUGUGAGUGUGUGGCUGCGCUCUGGUCAGCGUACUGGGGGUGUGUGUCACUGCCUGCACAAUACAGAGGGUCAACGCUGCCAGCAGUGCCAGAGAGGCUUCUACAGACAUCCAGACAGAGCACCAACAGCCUCAGACUCCUGCACACCUUGUGCUUGCCACCGAGUUGGUGCUGUGAACUGUAACCCCAGUAAUGGUAAAUGUACCUGUAAACCAGGUGUGGCCAGCCCACUCUGUGACCAGUGCAAGCCUGGAUACUGGGGUUUCAGUGACUAUGGUUGCAGACCCUGCCACUGUGCAGGCGACUGUGAUCCCUACACUGGAGACUGCGUUGCAGGGCCAGAUGUUGAUCAGAGCAGCACCUUAUUCCGAGUGGAGGAACUAUUCUCUGCCCUAACUGUUCCAGAGAAAUGUGUAUGUAAACAGCAGUCCCUAGGAAACAGCAAACUCUUCUGCACCAUGAAGUAUUCUUAUGCUCUGAAGGUGAAAGUGUUAGCAGCCCAUGAUAAGGGCUCUCAUGCCGAGGUGGAUGUGAAAGUUCUGAAGGUGCUGUGGAGCAGAUCCAUCCUCAGGCUCACACAAGGAACGCUUACACUGUAUCCAGAGUCUUGGACCUCACGAGGCUGUACCUGCCCUGUGCUGUACCCGGGGGAAGAGUAUCUUGUUGCUGGGCACGAGAAUGUAAAAAAAGGUCGUCUUCUGGUCAACACAAAGAGUUUAGUGAAGCCAUGGAGAGCCAGCCUCAGCCACAGAGUCCUUCAGCUCCGUGCUAAGUGUAACUGAGAGACAGAGAGAGCAAGAAUCCCUAAAACACUUUUACCCGAAAGUAGAGGUUUUCUGCUCUGGAGUUUAAAUCCAGUUUCCAGUCCUGGAUUUUGUAGUCACUGGUAGGUAUGUCACUAUGUGGCCAAUGAGUUCAAUUAACUUUCAGUAAUUACAAAAUCCAGGACUGGACACUGGAUUCAAACUCUGGAGUCGAGGACCUCUGUGUGUCAACCAGCAGCAGAAACUGAUGAUGUGAAUUUAAGGUGUACAGAUGUAUGUGUAUGAAUGAUAGUUAGAGAAAGGCAAAGCAGUUUGAAAUAUUAUUAUAUUGUACAGAGUAGAUAGCCACUGUAUAUGCAUAGUAUUAUAAUGUAUAUGUGAAAUUUUGUGUCCUUGUGUAGUCUUGUGUAUAUAAUUUACAGUUUGUACAUACAAAGAAAUGAUGAAAAUAUAUAUUUUAUAAAAGGAGAAGGAGAAAUAUGGCAUGCAGCAGACAAAGAGAAAGCCAUAACUGGUAUUCUGUGUGAACAAUGUUUUUGUACCUUGUUUUGUGCUGAAAUAUCUUGAAUUGAUGGAAUUACUCCAAGACUGUUGUGCUCCAAUAAAUUAAUCCUACAGGAGGCAUGCGUUUUAA